AACAUCUCAUCUCCAAAAAGUCCACCUGGAUUUCCAAUCAUUUACCUUGUCCUUCUCCUCUAUGAGUACCAUUGACCGUGGCCACUUGGUGAAUGGUAGAAGAACAGCCCAGAUUUCCUAUCACCUGCAAAUAGUACCCUGUCCAGCCCAUCAUGGGAGGCGGACCAGAUAAAGAACAUCUCCUUAUCGUUCUAUGGGACGCUGAACCCAAGCAUAUCACCGACAGCAUCAGAAGUCGAUGGCCUCAUAUUGAGAUAACUUACUUCCAACUCAACGGUCCUAUCAGUUUCAAGGAUGUUGGAGAUCAAGUUCCUCCAGAACUGUUUCGCUCAGCGACGUUGUUGAUCACCCUCGCGGCUCUCCCUGCCAACAGGGAAGCUGCUCCCAAUCUCAAACUUCUCCACCUCUUUUCUGCUGGCAUCGAUCAUUGGACAAACCACCCUCUAGUCACUGACAGCGAUAUCGACAUUACAACAUCGUCUGGCAUCCAUGGACCUCCUAUAGCCGAAUGGAUCAUUAUGACCACUCUUGCCUCCAGCAAAAGAUUCGGCCCGUUGUACGAGGACCAGAAAAACCACGCCUGGGGCGCAAAUAGGGCUGCCCUAGCCAAUGUCUCCGACUGGGUUGAUAAGAGAGUCGGUAUCGCGGGCUAUGGCAGUAUAGGACGACAAGCUGCCCGUGUUUUCUCCGCUAUGGGAGCUACCAUCCAUGCAUACACGGCCAGCCCGCGCCCAACCGCUGAAUCACGCAGAGACGAAGGGUAUCGGGUUCCCGGUACCGGUGACCCUGACGGCACAGUUCCCACGGCUUGGUAUAGUGGUAAAGACAAAGCCUCCCUCCACACCUUCCUUCGCUCGGGCUUGGACGCAAUCAUCAUAGCACUUCCACUAACCCCCGCCACACGUCACUUGUUUGGUAAAGAAGAAUUUGCGCUCCUCGCCGCACCAGCGCCGGGCAGCGCCGAAGCUGGCACCCGUAAGAUUGGAUCCAAAGGAGCAUUCCUGAUCAACAUCGCACGAGGAGCCAUUCUCGACCAGGUGGCUCUGACCGAGGCUCUAAACGAUGGGACUUUGGCGGGUGCGGCCUUGGACGUCACAGACCCUGAACCCUUGCCCAAGGAUGAUCCAUUAUGGGAUGCGAAGAAUGUCAUCAUCACUCCACACGUCAGUGGGCUGGGAGUUGAGUAUUACCAGCGGGCAUAUGACGUGUGGAUUCAGAACUGGGACAGGCAAGAGAGAGGAUUGAAGCCAUUUAAUCUGGUGCAGAGAAGCAAAGGGUAUUGAUGUGGAGGAAUUAUUAGGCAGUGUGGGCAAGUGGUUGGAAAUAAGGCUCAACUAGAUGGAUUUUGAAUAGAGAGAAAUCUGCCCAAUCGUCAAAAGAUUGAAUAUAAUUUCU